ACAGCAGAGCUCGAGCGUCGUAGAUUGGUUGGGGGUCAGCAGAGUCUAUCGAACGGCCAUGGCCAUGUCUCUCUCGCUACGUCAGCCCAUGCGACUGCCCAUGGGAAGGGCAGCCUUGAUCGUCAGAAGAGGCUACCAUGAGGUGGUCCACGAUCACUUCAACAAUCCCCGAAACGUUGGUAGCCUUGACAAGGAGGACAGCAAUGUGGGCUCGGCGUUGGUUGGCAAAGCCUCUUGCGGAGAUGUUAUCAAGCUCCAGGUGAAAGUAAAGGAUGGCGUCAUUCAGGAUGCCAAGUUCAAAACCUUCGGCUGCGGUUCCGCCAUCGCCAGCUCCUCCUAUGCGACGGAAAUGAUUAUCGGCCAACCUGUGGACGAGGCCAGCAAGAUUAAGAACACCGAUAUCUCGGCUCAUCUGAAACUUCCUCCUGUGAAGAUCCACUGCUCUGUUUUGGCAGAGGAAGCAAUUCAGGCUGCGAUCGCUGACUACAAGGGAAAGCAGAACAUUUCACCACCCGCAGAAUGAAUGACUUGAGCGAUGCGAGCGUGCUUCGCUCAGAAUUGUUGUUCCAUAUGUGAACAAGUUUCGGAAGGAGCCAGGGCCAUAUUCAGAAUGCUUGGAGCGUCAAAUACCGGCCCUGAUGUCUUGCAGCUGUUUCCAUCGGUAGCUAUUGUCAGCCGUCGCGACAAUCAGUCAAGGAUGGGUAGUUCGGACGAGCGAAGCUCGCAAAGAGCAUGGCAACACCUGAUGCAUCCUGAUACUAAGAAUUGUGGACCUCUG